AUGGCAGAGGUCCGCCUACAACUAGCGAUACCGUAGUACUGGUCCAUAAAUCAUGAAGGACUGUCUUCCUUCUAUAUGGUCUGGCUAGGGGUGACUAUUCCGUCCCGAGCUACAAUGCACGAACUACUUCACGGUGUCUUCAAAAUACUCUCUUCUUCAUCAACGAACUCGACAUGCCCGGCUUUUGUGACGGGCGACACCGUCUGCCUUCCCCCAAUUGAAAUUCCAUUUUAUUUCUCUCUCCGCCAAAACAUAUUCGAUGGAAUUCCAGACACCUAUGUCGCACUUGCUGCGCCAGUGCUCACUUUUUGGCUCAUGUCUCUCGUGUUCCACUGUCUUGACAUCUCCCGCUGGCGAUGGCUCGAUAAAUAUCGCAUUCACGAGUCAGAGGAGGUUGAGUCCAGAAACUUGGCAACACCUUGGGAGAUCGGACGGGCCAUCAUAUUCCAGAAUGUGAUGCAAACUCUGGUGGGUUUAGCAUGGUUGACAGAGUCGCCAGAGAUCUCGGUUAUACGGUGUCAGAGCGAGAUGGAGGGCUUGGGAAGAACGCUGGUUUUUGUCGUGCGAUAUCUCUUGGGGGAGGAGACGGGGAUCAAAAUAUUGGAGCUGCAGGGGGCUCAGAUGACCCAUUGGCUGUACUGGUGGGGAAUCCCGGCUGCGCAGAUCCUAUUUGCGCUGUUCAUCCUUGACACUUGGCAAUACUUCCUCCACCGCUUGAUGCACACAAAUCAGUAUCUCUACAAGAAGAUUCACUCCGUGCACCACAAAAUUUGCGCCCCCUAUGCCUUCGGGGCAUUUUACAGCCAUCCUCUCGAAGGCUUCCUCCUGGACACCCUAGGCAUAGCCAUCGCAGAGCGCGUCGCAUGCCUUUCAAUACGGCAGACCAUUUUCUUCUUCAUAUACGGCACAGGCAAGGGCGUCGACGAUCACUGCGGAUACAGCUUUCCAUUUGAUCCCUUCCAAUUGAUCAGCGGAAAUAACUCAGACUACCACGACAUACAUCAUCAGGCAAUCGGCAUCAAGUCAAAUUUCUCACAGCCUUUCUUCGUCCAUUGGGAUGUGCUCCUCGGUACGCGCAUGACCAGAAAAGAUAUUCAAGAACGUAGAGAGAAGCUCAAGACGACGUGAUGAAUCAACCCCGAUUUAUGGCAUACAGAGAUCUAAAGUCUGGGUUUCGCCUUCUCAAUUUUGAUUUCAAUGAAUCUUGUCGGGACCACACGAUUCGCUUACGCAAACUUAUGUCUUCCGUUGUUCUAAUUUCCUUCUUGACUAUGACCCCUGUUUCACGCACAAUAACAAAAUGCAUCAUAUUCAUACCCUGGUAGUCGGUGCUCACAAUAUUUGACCUCGGUAAGCGCAGGAAUUUUUUGUUAUCAAUA